AUGAAGUACGCAUUGUUCUCGACGGUAGCUGUGACUGCUGGGGUGUUAUUGCUGUCCACUGUGGGCAUAAUUAUAGCCCUCUACCUAGGCAAGAAGAAAAAGCCUCCAGUCACCUUGCUUGACCCUACCCAGAAAUACCAGCUAACGCUCAUCGAUAAAGAGGUGAUCAGCCAUGAUACUCGCAGGUUCCGCUUUCGACUUCCCUCAGCAGAACAUAUCCUGGGGCUGCCUGUAGGGAAGCAUGUAUACCUCUCUGCCCGUAUUGACGGCAGCCUGGUAGUCAGACCAUACACACCUGUGUCCAGCGACGACAACAAAGGAUAUGUUGACUUGGUUGUGAAGAUCUACUUCAGUAAUGUGCACCUCAAGUUUCCUGAUGGAGGCAAGAUGUCCCAGUACCUGGAGAGUCUGCACCUGGGAGAUGUGGUGGACUUCAGAGGACCAGGAGGACUGCUGGAGUACAGAGGGCAUGGGCAGUUUGCAGUUCAGACAGACAAGAAGUCUCCUGCGGAGAUAAAAGUUGCCAGUACUGUGGGUCUGAUAGCUGGAGGAACAGGCAUCACCCCUAUGCUACAACUGGUGCGCGCUAUCAUGAAGGACCCCAGUGACAGGACCACCUGCAGCCUGCUGUAUGCCAACCAGACUGAGAAGGAUAUCCUGCUGAGGGAUGAGCUGGAGGAGGUCCAGGCCAGACACCCAGACCGCUUCAAGCUGUGGUUUUCAGUGGACAGGGCACCCGAGGGCUGGGAGUACAGUGAGGGCUUCAUCAAUGUGGAUAUGAUCCAGGAGCACCUGCCCACCCCCAGUGAGGACACCUUGGUGCUCAUGUGCGGUCCACCCCCCAUGAUCCAGUUUGCUUGCAACCCCAACCUGGACAAGUUGGGCUACCGGCAGAGUCAGCGCUUCGCCUACUAGUCACCAGCCUAGGAACUAUCCUCCCAGCCACACCCAGCAUGGGCCUUCUCAAUGCAACAAUGACAUCAAUUCAGUGCUUGGUUGGGCCGGAACUACUGCUUGAGUACCGGCAUCUCUUAUAGAAUAUUGGCUCAAAGAUUUUGCGGAGUUCCAGCACCUAAAUAUAUACAGUACUGGCACCCAAAAUAAGUAUGGGCACCAUUUUCAGUCCGCUUAAAGCACUGCAUCAAUUUACUACCAAAAGCCCCAUAUGGUAAGUGCAGACAGGUUGAGCAUUAAAUGCUCACUUGGAACCAAAGUCCUACCUUUGUAUUAUUAGCCUCCAUCUCCUGCUAAUAUCUACAAUUGUAUUUUUAGGUGAGGUUUUAAAGCUUUGAUUUAUUAUUGAUGUACUUAGCCUUGAGCAGUCCUCCUAAAAACAGGACAGAGCGAACAUAAUUAAAGAUAAAGCCGCAUACUGAACUGAAUUAUGCCCAGGGAUGCAGUGCUGAAUAUAAGGAGGCUGCCCAGGCAGCUUUACUUUAAUUGCAUAUCAUUUGUUGUGUGUGCAUUUAAGUGUUACAGCUGCUGUAGAGAUGUGUUAUACUGUAUUUUGGCACAUGUGGGGCUUUUUGAUGUGUGUCUAGUGGGUAUGGGAUCUGACUCCAUUUCUUAUUGUAUUUCUGUGAGAUUGUGUGAGCAUAAUUAUUCAAGUCUCUUUUUGUUUUAUAUAUUAUAAUUUCAGAGUUUAAUCUGCAAUGCACUACAGUCUUUGUAAAAAUGGAUUGUGUUUAUGAAAAGACAAUAAAAAUUUCUGCCACUUCAAA